GCCGCCCGGGCUGCACCGCCCGCGAGGCCGCCGCGCCAGACGGUGCGCCUGGAGCUGGUGCUCAAAGACCCCACGGACGAGAGCUGCGUGGAGUUCAGCUACCCCGAGCUGCUCCUGUGCGGAGAACAACGGAAGAGGCCCCUGCAUACUGAAGACCCAUUCACCGAUGGGCUCCAGGAGAGACAGGAAGUUGAACUGUUGGCGAAGAAGUUUGAAAUGAAAUAUGGUGGGAAACCCCGUAAACACCGGAAGGAUCGGCUGCAAGAUUUAAUUGAUAUUGGCUUUGGCUAUGAUGAGACAGACCCAUUUAUUGAUAACUCAGAGGCUUAUGAUGAAUUAGUUCCGGCUUCGCUCACCACCAAAUAUGGAGGCUUCUACAUCAACACCGGCACACUCCAGUUUCGUCAAGCAUCAGACACUGAGGAAGAGGACGCUGGUGAUAACCUGAAGCACAAGCCGCCGCAGGUUUCCAAGAUAAAAGAAGAUGAUAUUGAGAUGAAGAAGCGGAAGCGGAAAGAUGAAGGGGAAAAAGAAAAGAAGCCCAGAAAGAAAGUACCUAAACAGCUAGGAGUCGUGGCACUAAAUUCACAUAAGCCUGAAAAAAAGAAGAAACGUUAUAAAGAUUCUCUUUCUCUUGCUGCCAUGCUCCGGAAGUUUCAGAAGGAGAAGGAUGCAUUAAAGAAGAAGGAGUCAAGCUCCAAAGUCUCCAUGACCUUACAGACCUCUGCUCCCAGCAAGCCCCCUUCCACUACCCUUGCACUGGGCACUGACGUCUCAGACUUGAACCUGAACAGUGCCGACCCAGACCUCCCAAUUUUUGUUAGCACAAAUGAACUGUUUCAGGAAGCGCAGAAUGCCCUAGAGUUGUUCGAUGACUUCGACUUUGACAGAUUCCUAGAUGCUGCUUCUGAUGGCAGCCCAUUGUCGGAGUCAGGCGGGGAGAAUGGGGGCACCACGCAGCCAGCCUGCACCUCUCAGGGCAUGCCCAAGCCAGCUCCAGUGCUCCCCGAGGGACUGCCAGUGCUGCUGGAGAAGCGCAUUCAAGACCUGCGUGCUGCUGCCAAACUUUUUGAUGAAGAAGGAAGGAAAAAAUUCUUCACGCAGGAUAUGAAUAAUAUUCUUCUGGACAUUGAGUUGCAGCUGCAGGAGCUGGGCCCCGUCGUCCGGAGCGGUGUCUAUUCCCACCUGGAAGCCUUUGUGCCGUGCAAUAAGGAGACGCUGGUCAAACGUCUGAAGAAGCUGCACCUCAACGUCCAGGAUGAUCGCUUAAGAGAACCGCUGCAGAAACUGAAACUGGCCGUGAGCAGUGUCAUGCCAGAGCAGCUGUUUAAGUACCAGGAGGACUGCCAGGCGCGGAGUCAGGCCAAGUGCACCAAACUGCAAACAGAUGAAGAGCGAGAAAGAAAUGGAUCCGAGGACGAUGAUGAUGACAAGCCAGGGAAACGGGUCACAGGACCGAGGAAAAAAUUCCACUGGGAUGACACCCUCAGAACUUUGUUAUGUAACCUUGUUGAAAUCAAAUUGGGAUGCUAUGAGUUAGAGCCAAAUAAAAGCCAGUCUGCCGAGGAUUAUCUUAAAUCCUUUAUGGAGACAGAGGUGAAACCAUUGUGGCCUAAGGGCUGGAUGCAGGCAAGAAUGCUUUUUAAAGAAAGCCGGAGUGUGCACAACCAUCUUACUUCUGCUCCGGCAAAGAAAAAGGUGAUUCCUGCACCUAAACCCAAAGCGAAGGAGUGCAGUCCUAAAAAGGAUGUGAAGCCCCCUGCCUCGGGGGCCGGCCCUGCCCUGGGCUGCAGUGGACCCGCUGGGGUCUCCACCACCUGUGGCUCGACGGCCGCCCAGGAGACCAUCUGUCUGGACGACUCCUUGGAUGAGGACUUUUCCUUCCACUCGUCCUCGCUGGAGCUCGUGUCCGAAGCGCUGACUGUUAUCAACAAUGGGAGCAAGGGACCCCCGGUCAGCUCACGGGUCAGCCUGCCGACCACAAAACCUCGCCCAGGGCUGAGAGAAGAAAAACUAGCGAGUAUCAUGAGUAAGCUGCCGCUGGCCACGUCCAAAAAGCUCGAGUCCACACAGGGCGCACAUUCGUCCAGUCUCAUCGCUGGCCACAGAGGGCCAGUACCAAAGAAACCCCAGGACUUAGCCCAUACUGGCAUCUCUUCAGGCCUUAUCGCGGGGUCCUCCAUUCAGAACCCUAAAGUCUCCCUGGAACCUUUGCCGGCCAGGCUGCUGCAGCAAGGCCUGCAGAGGUCCAGCCAGAUCUCGGCUGCUUCCUCUGCCCAGGCCCACGCCCCCUCCUCGUCCCAAGCCCCAGCCGCCGCCUCUGCUCACUCUCUGGGAACAUCGGAGGCUCCAGACGCGUCCUCCUUGACACAGGUCACCAAGGUGCACCAGCACGCCGCUGUCCAGCAGAACUACGUGUCUCCCCUGCAGGCCACCAUCAACAAAUCCCAGACCAACCCUGUGGUGAAGCUGAGUAGCACCCCCCACCUCUCCUGCCAGACCCCGCUGGUGAAGACGUCGGAGAAACCGCUUGUCUACCGCCUGCCCCUGUCCACACCCUUGUCUGGAAACGGCUCCCAAGGGGCUCACCCCCUGGUCUCUAGGACAGCGCCCAGCACCACUACCUCCACUAACUAUCUGGCCAAGGCCAUGGUGUCGCAGAUCUCCACGCAGGGUUUCAAGUCCCCGUUCUCGAUGACUGCGUCCCCCAAACUCGCGGCCUCUCCCAAACCGGCCACGUCUCCGAAACCCUUGCCCUCACCCAAGCCUUCUGCCUCCCCCAAGCCCUCUCUGCCAACCAAGCCUUCGGUAACGACUAAACUGGUUUCCAAGUCCGGCCUGGCCCCCAAGCCCACUGUGUCCCCGAGCUCGUCUAGUCCGAAUGCCCUCAUCGCCCAGAGUGCUCACUCCAGCAGUGCCGCCCCUGUCCACAAGCAGCCCAGCGGGACGAGCCUCAGCAGACAGCCCCCCACUCUGAACCUGCUGCCCGCCAGCCGCACCUCCGGCCUUCCGUCUGCGAAAAGCCUUCAGGCCUCGGCCAAGCUCACAAACUCCUCGCCUGCCGGCUCUGCGGGAAAGACUAGCUUGAGUGGGGUUGCAGGCACUGUACCCGCCAGCAGAGGCGGCGGCCUGAACGCCAACGGACCCAACAGGACUAGUGUGUCCGGGGGAACAGGAAGUGGAACACAGGGUGCUACUAAACCGUUGUCUGCUCCACACAGACCACCCUCUGCCUCAGGAUCUUCGGUGGUAACAGCCAGCGUGCAGUCCACAGCAGGAGUGUCAUUACUGGCUAAUGCCUCACCUCUGACUCUCACGACAUCACCUUUGUCUGUAACAAAUCAAAAUGUGACUCCUUUUGGGAUGCUGGGUGGCCUUGUUCCAGUGACCAUGCCCUUCCAGUUUCCCUUGGAGCUACUUGGCUUUGGAACGGACACAGCUGGAGUGACCGCCACCUCGGGAUCUACCUCAGCCGCUUUCCACCACAACCUGACUCAGAAUUUACUAAAGGGUUUACAGCCGGGAGCUCAGCACGCAGCAUCACUCUCCCACUCCCCCCUGCCUGCUCACGUGCAGCAAACAUUUCACGAUGGAGGCCAAAGUAAAGGAGACACUAAAGUACCACGGAAAUCUCAGUGA